GCGGGCCGUCCUGGGACCCGGCCGGGCCUGCAGUGCGCCGAGGACGCCGCGCGAGCAUGUACCGGCUCCUGAGCCCGAGCCUGGGCCGAGGCCUCCUGCGGGCCGCGGGGCGGCGGUGCCGGACCUGCUCGGCGCGCCUGCUCCCGGGGCCCGCGGGGGGCCGGGCGCCUGAGGUGGCGGUGCCGGCAUUCCGAGUCGCGCCGCGCGGCGGAGGCCCGGGCCUGCUGCCGCUGCUGGCAGCGCUCGCCUGGUUCUCGAGGCCCGCUGCGGCAGACGAGCAGGAGGAGCGGCAGGGAGCGGGCGGGGCCGCCGCCGAGGGCGCGGCGGACGAGACCGAGGCCGAGAUCAUCCAGCUGCUGAAGAGAGCCAAGUUGAGCAUCAUGAAAGAUGAGCCAGAAGAGGCUGAGCUGAUUUUACAUGACGCUCUUCGUCUUGCCUAUCAGAGUGAUAACAAGAAGGCCAUCACUUACACUUACGAUUUGAUGGCCAACUUAGCAUUUAUACGGGGUCAGCUUGAAAAUGCGGAAAAACUUUUUAAAGCAACAAUGAGUUACCUGCUUGGAGGGGGCAUGCAACAGGAAGACAAUGCAAUAAUUGAAAUCUCUCUAAAGCUGGCCAGUAUCUAUGCUGCUCAGAAUAGACAGGAAUUUGCUCUUGCUGGCUAUGAAUUCUGCAUUUCAACUCUAGAGGAAAAAAUUGAAAGAGAAAAGGAAUUAGCGGAAGACGUUUUGUCAGUGCAAGAGAAGGCCAGCACUCACCUCCUCCUCGGCAUGUGCUUGGACACCUAUGCGCGCUACCUUCUGUUCUCCAAGCAGCCGUCACAGGCACAGAGGAUGUAUGAAAAGGCUUUGCAGAUUUCCGAAGAAAUGCUGGGAGAAAGACACCCACAGACCAUCGUGCUGAUGAGUGACCUGGCAACCACCCUGGACGCGCAGGGCCGCUUCGACGAGGCCUGUGCGUACGUGCAGAGGGCGUCCGACCUGGCCCGGCAGAUCGAGCACCCCGAGCUGCACAUGCUGCUCAGUAACCUGGCCGCCAUCCUCAUGCACCGAGAACGAUAUGCACAAGCAAGAGAGAUCUACCAGGAGGCGCUAAAGCAAGCGGAGCUGAAAAGAGACGAGGUUUCUAUACAGCACAUCAGGGAAGAGCUGGCUGAGCUGUCGAGAAAAAGUAGACCUUUAACUUAAUUUUACGAAGCGCGAGAUCCCUUUUUGUUGUAGGGAAUUUUCAGCAACAGCGAUUAUUCCGGUCUCAGUGAUACCCAAAUCAGUGGCUUAGAUCCUUUCUCCUUGAUAUUCAAGUUUUGUCAGUGUGGCUGUGGUGAAGGACAAGUUGUAUACACUGCCACUUUGUGUUUUUAAAGGAAAAACAACUCUCACCCCUGGCUGGUUUUGCCUCUAAGGACAGAUGUCAAGUGAUGCUUUCAGUCGUGACCUCUGAGAGGGGCCAGGCGCGUGGGUCUUGGGGGCACCGCGAAUGGCGAGGAGCCGGGCCGCCGUCGGCUGGGCGUGCGGGGGCGGGGGGUCAGCCAGCAUCCGCGUCCUGUGAUUCCGACCCAUUGAUUCCCUCCCCUGUCUUUCGUUUUAUCGCUGUCGGGCAGAUCAGAGUGACCUGUCUCGUGGCGAAGGGGGAUUGUGGUGAGUUAUUUUCCUUCUCCCUUUCAUGAAGCCCAUUGUGGGGUGUAACGCGUAGUGGAGCAAAAGUCUCGUCUUGGUUUGCACCGGCGUCCAGCAUGACGUUUGGAAGUAGGAGUUUUAGGCCCUUGGAAGUAUGCCCAUUUAAUGAUAAAUAAAAGUGAACUGUGUGUUUUUAUAUCUGGUUACGUACGACCGUGAGGAAGGCGAACAAGGAGUGACGUGGACUCUUCUCACAGCUGGUGGAGCACUCCACUGCCUGUGCAGCCUCGGGCCCUGCACCUGCCCAGGCUGCAGCCCCCGGCCUCAGGGUAGGGCCUUACACAUGUGACCUGUUAAACCUCCCCCCACCCCCAGUGAUUCCGACAGGCACCACAGGCACUGCUGGUGCAGUAGCAGGAUCACUGACCUGGUCCUGAUCCUGGCCUUUCGUAUCUGCGUCUGUAAAGCAGGGGACCGAGGAGAUUUUCCUACGGCUGUGGGAGAACGUACCCGGUCAGAGGACCGUAGGUGUACAGACUACUGUGUGGAAAGAGCCUUACCCCGCUGCCGCAGAGUGCGCACAGUCGAAACCUGCGGGCUAGGGAGCUGGGUGUGCUCACCGCCGAAGGCUCGCAGGGAGCCCUUCGCCCAGGGGAAAGGCGAUUUUUGUAGGUGCCGCGAAGGAGCAGUUGUUGGUAAGCCUCUGCGGAUGGGGGUGUGAGUGGGAAUGAUUAAACAGAUAUUUUUGUUUCCUGUGUACAUAUUGGAAGAAUCCUUUCAUAAUAAACUAGAGACUCUACAACAA